UGGUUCUCGUCUGCAUCUCAAAUGAACGCUGCACUGGCGUCGUCAUUCUUGGACGGAUUUACGAUGUGCACCGUAGAAUAAAGCGUCCUUGGUGUCAUUAGUGUAAAUAAGGUCAAGGAAGCGGCUCGACUAGCGCCGAAGCUCUAUCGGUGAACCGUCGGUAGUGCAAGUCUGAGGGUGAUUGACGUCGCCAGCUCACAGCCGAUUUUGAAGUGUGGAACAUCGCUCAAGCCGUGCGUGUUACAGCGAAGCUGAAGCUUGGACUUGUCACCAAGAUGUCCGGCGACCUCUGUGAAGAUCCAUCGGCUGGAGGCGUCGAGCUCAGCGACGUCCUCAAGAAGGGGCUUCGGGCGAACGCCGACGGCGAUGCCUGCUCGGGCACAGUUGGCGAUGGCGACGUCGUAGCAAAAGCCAUAAGGCUGGAGUACAAGGCCGACCUGUCGGUUGACGAAGCCCGCGUUCUCAGGCGCGCCUUCAGCACAGAGGGAUUUGUGAAGAAGCUGAAGCUCUUUGGAGUACCGCUGAACGUGUGCAAGAUCGUCCUGGAAGACCUCGACGAAUCGUCGUCGCUGGAGGAACUGGAGCUCUUCGGCAUCGAGAGCGAGGAAGAGGAGUUCAGCGUCAACCUAUCGGGGAUCUUCGGAAACCUCCGCGUGUUGCAUCUGUCGUGCAGCGAGAUCGGCGACCACUUCGCCAUGGACGUCGCGUUCUUCUUGCAGGACAACUUUCGCCUGGAAGAGCUGAGCCUGUGGUCCAACGAAAUCAGCGACGAUGGGGCCUCCUCGCUUGCCGAAGCGCUCACUAUAAAUGGAACCCUUAAAAAGCUCGUGCUCGCUAAUAACACCCUGACGUCCCGCACCGUGGUCGCUUUCGCGGACACGCUGACGGUAAACUCGUCGCUAGAGAUGGUGGAUAUCUUCGAAGUGGACCUGGAGGAAGAAGACGUCCAAGUCCUGUUUCAGGACGGGAAGUAUGCGGACACCUUCAAGAGGAUGUACAUCUUGUGGAAGCAAAACUUUCUGCCCCACCUGACCAGGCUGCUGCGAGAAGACAGACACUGCGCCGACGUUUCCGUCGACGUCACAGAAUCGGUGUCUGAGGAUGAUCUGCGGGAGUUCUUCGACGCCGUCGCGACAAACACGACUGUGCGGACACUGCACUUCUACCCGAGUGGCAAAAUAUUUGACGCGCUCGCCGACGGCCUGGUGUCCGUCUUGCAGCGAACCACAACUCUCACUCGCGUCCAGAACCUCAUGACCGUGGACCGAGCCGAGACCCUGGUCAGGGUUUUGGACGCUCUGCGGGAGAACCGGUCGGUGACGACCUUCUCCAUGUACGCGGAGCUUGUGACUCCAGAGAUCGCAGCCUCCCUGUCGGAACUACUGGCGACCAACGACGUUUUGAAUGAGGUGAACAUCUGCGAGUACUACGGAAUAAGGAGUGAAGAACUCGCUGUCGUCUUGGAGGGCCUCAGGAAGAACUAUACGGUAACGCAUCUCAUGGUGGCGUGGGACCCGGACGACGAUGUGGAAGGCGUAUCCGAGAUGGCGGAGCUCCUGGACAGGAAUGUUCGUCUCCUGGACCGGGCUGUCGAGUUCGUCAGAGCGGGAGGCGGUGACGUCGACGAUGAGGAGGGGGCAGAUGCUCUGAAGAAAGUGCGUUCUAGUGCCUGUCUCAUUGACAAGCUGCAAAAGAUCACCGGAAAGACGAAGGAGGCGGUGGUGGCCGAUGUGGAGGAUGCCCUCAAUCGGGUUGAAUGCUGAGGUGCUGCCGACUGCGAUGUCCGUCAUUGUGUCCGGGUUCGGUUUCCAUUUAUUCAGCGCAGCUUAUGUAAAUACGUUAUUGCUGGGGCAUAAGGUCGCUAAAAAAACAAGCUUGUUGUAGAACUUGUUUUGCUUUUGGUAAUAAAUGAUUGCAAUCUGCG